GGUCAUUGAUGGACCGAAGGAUGGGAAAGAUGAAGAAUCCCAUCCAUAUCCUGACUCCUCCUCCAAGUCUCACGGAGCUGUCUCCGCCCCCGGACCCGACAAUUCGGACUGUCUUCAGGCCAUGACUCAGCAGGAACACGACCACUUCAACGACAACGACUCCCACAUCUCGGCUUCCGCUUCAACUCCCUCCACCCAGGCCAUGGAGGAAGACCACGCCUGGAGUGUUGCGACCAGGACAAUAACACAAUCGUCCAUCGAUGACACCGUCACCCUCCAACACCAUGUCCCGCCUACCCAUCCCUUUGCGGCUCCCGACAUGAGCCUCAUCUUCGACUUCUCUCCCGUCCCAUUACUCCUGCUGUCCUCGUCGUGCUGCAUUACCCGGGUCUCAAAACGCUUCUUGCAAGACUGGCACGUCACCGAAGAGGACUGCAUCGGCAAGUUCCUCCUGCCCUUUCUCGAAAGCCAGAUCCGCGAAACUGGCGCCAGCAAAUCAAAACUCAUUGCCGAAGCCGUCGAUGAUGCCGUCGCCUCUCGAUCCGAGCGCACAUCCAAGGCCAUCACUGUCAAGAGCGCCUUCACCUGUCGCGCCCGCGUGAUCCCCAUCUUUCGAGAUGCCGAGCUGGUCUCCAUCUACCUCGAAUGGCACGAGCGUCCAUCCUCCGAGGUCCUCGACAACGAGCAGGUCCAACCGGGCCUAUCCACUGAUGAAGCCUUUCGCAUUCUCGUACAAGCCACCAAGGACUAUGCCAUCUUCCUCCUCGAUACAAAAGGUCACAUUGCGACAUGGAAUACUGGCGCGCAAUUGCUCAAGGGCUAUACUCGGGAGGAGAUCAUAGGCAAACACUUUUCCAUUUUCUACGGCAAAGAAGAUUUGGACAUCAAGAAGCCAGACAUGGAACUCGACAUCUGUCUUCGCGAGGGCCGUGUCGAAGACGAAGGCUGGCGCUACAAGAAGGACGGAACGCGCUUCUGGGCCAACGUCGUCAUCACGGCCGUCUACAAGAAUGGCGUCCACGUCGGCUUUGGCAAGGUCACGCGCGACUUGACGGAGCGUAAGGCGUCCGAGUCUCGCCUGAUUGCCGCCUACGAGGAAAGCGAGAAGCUCAAAUCCGACUUCCUCGCCAACAUGAGCCACGAGAUCCGUACCCCCAUGCACGGCAUGCUUUCGGCUUGCGCGUUGCUUCUCGACUCGCCUCUUACGGAGAGGCAGCGAGAUAUUGUCAACAUCAUGGAUGAGUCGGGUCAGAUAUUGUUGCAGGUCAUCAACGACAUUCUCGACUAUUCCAAACUAGCAUCGGGCAGUUUCUCAGUCAGUUCCGAUGUAGUUGGUGUCGCCAGCAUCAUCACGUCAGUGGUUCGCGCUGUCCAGACGACGUUACCGCCAGCAGUCCACUUUGAGCUCUUCCUCGCCCCUAACCUUCCAAAGUCCGUCCAAGGCGACCCCCUCCGUUACCGCCAAAUCGUCCAAAACAUCAUUGGCAACGCAGCCAAGUUCACCGACAAAGGUAGCAUCCGUGUCAAAGCUUCGGUCCACUCCGAGGACAGCGACAGCUACACCAUUUUAACCGAAGUCAUCGACACGGGUAUCGGCAUCCGCGAGUCCGCCUCCGCCUCGCUCUUCACCCCCUUCAGCCAAUUCGACCUGACCACCACCAAGCGUUACAAGGGCACUGGUCUCGGCCUCUCCAUUGCCAAAUCCCUCGCCGAGCUCAUGGGCGGCCGCAUCGGCUACCGCCCCAACCCCGAACGUCACGGCUCCGUUUUCUGGUUCACCGCACGCUUCAAGAAGAUUAAGAGCCUUGAACAGAUCCAAGACUGGAAGCAUCAGAUGGCCGCUAAGGACGGUUCACCCAUCUCGCCUGUUCAGCCUGACGUCACCGUUCUUCAACAACGACUCGCCUCGGUGGCCGGCACCAAGAACAUCUUGCUCGUCGAAGACAACGUCAUCAACCAAAAAGUCAUGCUGGGCAUGCUACGCUCUCUUGGCUUUAGGAGCAUCGACCUGGCAGCCGAUGGCGCCGCGGCCGUGAAGAUGGUCACCGCGAAACCAGUGGGGUAUGAUAUCGUGCUGAUGGAUAUCAACAUGCCUAUCCUGGAUGGAAACGAAGCCUCGCAGAGAAUCCGUGACGCUGGGGUGAGGGUGCCUAUUAUUGCCAUGACUGCUUACGCCCUCAAGGGCGACCGUGAAAAGUGCUUGGAAUACGGCAUGAACGACUAUGUCCCCAAGCCUGUCGACAGGAAAUUCCUAAUCAAGGUCUUGGCCACCUGGAUCCUCGAAAAGGUCGACUACCGCAAGGCAUAUGACGAACGGUUGCAGCAGUUGAAGGAUUGUGAUGAAAAGUUGCAUCGGCUGAGCGUCAGUGAGGGCGUGUCCGCAGCUAGGAGGGAGAGUGUAGAUGGGGAGUCGAAGCCCGGAAUAGCGUUGCAAGGAGAUGAGGGGGCUGUGAAGGGGUGGGCUUCCCCAUUCAGGGAGGUAGAACAGAGGGAGGUAGAACAAGCACAGGCCUCUAAUGCAGGCGUGAUGCAGGGGACGUUUCACGAGCCGGCGUCGGUUAGGAUUCCGAAGAUGCUGGCGCAAAGGACGGAAAGGACCAAGGUGGGGCCACUACCGCUACCGAGUGGUGACCAGGGAGCGCCAGUGCUUAGUGAUGCUCAGCAAGGAAAACAAGAGCUACCCAAUGGUGGAUUUGCCGAAGGCGAGGAGCUGAACCAACGUUCGCCGCCGGUCAGCGACGGGGAGAUUAGUCCCAGAACUCCGGUGUAGUGGGCCGAUCAAGGGUUGUCGGGGCAGGAGGAGGAGAUGAUGG